AUUUGUCCCUCUUCUCUAUGUAAAUUCAAUGUAAAUCAACUUGUGCUUUUAUUGUGAAGGCAACACGCCCAACCCAACCGGAACCCUUUGUGUAACGACUUUAGUUUUCCCUCUCCAUCCGCCCGGUUCUGCGGUCCAAACCGACCCAGAGCAAACAACCGAGAGCUGCCCGGUGGAGUUACCUGUCCGCGAGGAACAUACAGCCAACCACACAGGUGCCAUGAGCAGUGAGCUGAACGUGCCCAUGGGUUCCCCGGCCCCGGGGGGCUCAGAGCGGGGUCAGGACUCCGGGGGGAUGGACUACAGGGACUGGGUGCGGCGCAGUUACCUGGAGCUGGUCAGCUCCAACCACCACUCGGUGCAGGCCCUGUCCUGGAGGAAACUCUACCUGAGCCGGGCCAAGCUGAAGGCCUCCAGCCGGACCUCGGCGCUGCUCUCUGGCUUCGCAAUGGUGGCCAUGGUGGAGGUGGAGCUGGAGACGCAGUACAAUUACCCCUGGCCGCUGCUCAUCGCCUUCAGCGUGUGCACCACGGUGCUGGUGGCGGUGCACCUCUUCGCCCUGCUGAUCAGCACCUGCAUCCUGCCCAACGUGGAGGCCGUCAGCAACAUCCACAACCUCAACUCCGUCAGCGAGUCGCCCCACGAGCGCAUGCACCACUACAUCGAGCUGGCCUGGGGCUUCUCCACGGCCCUGGGCAUCCUGCUGUUUUUGGCCGAGGUGGUGCUCCUCUGCUGGAUCAAGUUCCUGCCCGUAGACUCCAUCGAGAUCAAAAAGACCACCACGUGCAGCCCCGUAUCAGCCACCGCCGUGGUGAAGACCACGGCACAUGUGCCGCGGAACAGCGGCUGGCAGGCUGCGCUGGCCUCCACCAUCAUCAUGGUCCCAGUGGGGGUGAUUUUUUUGGUGUUCACCGUCCACUUCUAUCGCUCUCUGGUGGGCCACAAGACAGAGCGCCACCACCAGGAGAUCGAGGAACUGCACAAGAUAAAGAUACAGCUGGACGGCCACGAGAGAGGCCUCCAGACUGUGUGAGAACAUGGCGGCGACUUUAAGGACUUGCCUUUUGUAUCCCGUAUUUAUCAAACCUUCCUUCCUCUCCGCCGUUUGCUCUGGUCCUCGUUGAUGCAGCGAGCUCCUCGCACAGACUGCCGACACAAGUCAGACUGCUAAUUUAUUCUGAGGGCAAAGCUGUGUUGUAGUCUGUGUUUUUGGUCUCAUUGUGAUAUGUGUCGUAAAAAGGUUUACAGAAAAAGGGCUACUAUGUUCUGUGUGCCGUAUUUGUUUUCAUGUUAGGGUUGGGCGACAGUAGCCGUCCAUUGUGCAUCUGGGUCCAUGCAAAACACCUGGAUUAACUGCAACAAAUCUCCUGUUGAAUCUGUUCUCUCCGGCCGGAAGCGUCAGCUAAUUAAUAACAGAGAAGAACCUUUCCACAGCGGUGAGUCCGCUCUGCAGGGCCUCAACCAGCCUUUACUCUCAUUAUCAUUAUGAGAGGAAAUGUUGGAAUCUGCUAUAAUAAAAUUAGGGAGAGUACUUUUUUAAAACAAUGACUUUUAUGUAUUUGAAUUAAUUAUGCUACAUUCAUAACUUCAAACAGGCUUUUUUUUUCUUAACAAAUGACUCAGAGCGAUCAAUCGGUUAUCAGAAUAGUUUAUGGACUCCAGUCAGUAGUGGGAAUCUCCCAGUUAAUUUUCUGUACUUGUAUAUCAAUUUAAAGGGCCAGUGUGAAGGAUUUAGUUUAUCUAGUGGUGAAGCUGCAGAUUGCAACUGAAUACCACUCGCCUUCCAAGGAAAUACAGUUUAUUUUAAGGUGACGAAAACACAAUAAUUCUUAUUUUCGGGUGAUUAUACACUAAUGAAAACAUACCUUUGAAUAUUAUAUUUAAUUUCUGACAAUAGAUCCUCCUGAAUGUUCCACACUGCACCUUUAAACUGAACGGUUUACUAGUUGUGAAUCAGGACCUGCAGUAUUUGGUACAAGCAGCUUAUGAAAAAUAACGUGUGCCAAAGUUUUGUUUCAGUGCGUUUGAGCAACAUUUGAUGUCUUAUAGAGUUUAUCUCAGUGUUGUAGCCACUAACAGCUGUAGUGUUUCUGCUUUAUCUGCCAACAGAAGCUGAUCGAUUCAGUUCCUCGCAAACCGUUAAAUGGAUUCAAUAAGAGAUUGUAGAUUUAAACGAACCAUCGAAACCCAAUCCCGCUGCAUGGAUUAUGUGGUGCGUUAACUUCGAUCAGGCUCACAUUUCACAAUAAAACUCAGAUUGUUGUUUUAAAGAGUCGAAUCAUGAAUCACACUGACUGCAACUCUCUUCUGACAGAUUGAGGGCAUUUUUUACAUGUACUCGUGCAGCAUGGUAAAAAAAACAACUACCACCAGAGUUGUGAAGUCUUAAAAAGUGUCAGACAAGCCUCAAACAUUUUAUCAUCUUCUUCCUAAUAGCUUUUCUUGUCUCUUACAAAGACCACAGAGCCUUGUGUAAAAGGUUGUGUGUGCAUACUGGCGCUGCUCAAAGUGCUUAAAUAUGAAUGUGUUACUGUCCAAAUAUAGUUCUGCCUUACAGAAUGAUUGCCUUUUUAUGAAAUGCUCUUUUGCUUAAGGUCACACACAGCCAGGAAUGUUAAACAUGACAAAGUUUGGCCUGAACGGCAAAGUGAGAAGGUCAGAAUGAGAAGACAAGAGUGCUCUCCAGUGUACUAAAUAGUGGAGACCUUUCUGUAAGUGUGUGUGUUAACUGAACACACACACACACACUUACAGGACGAGGUCAGAGUACGUUACUGCGUUUAUAAGUGAAAUGUACAAACUAUCACAUUCCAAAUAAGAUGACUGACCAAAGUGUUGUUCAGUUGUUUGUUUCUCCCCUCUCAGAGGAGACAAAAAGUGCACUUGUAGUCGUUGUUGUGUCUUACUUUGUCUCGUGUUUGUGCUUCUUAAAUGAUUACCGCAGAGGUCACGGAGACCUGUGUUGGAAGAUUAAAUUUCACAGCCUGCAACAGAUUCCAAAAUAAAACAUGUAAAGUUUUAA